AUGUUCCAACUGUCUCUGCUCUUCGCUCGUCUCCACCCGCUCUCGACUCAUCUUCCCGCUCCCCUUCAUUUUCUCCCGAUCUCCUCUCGCCCUCCUCUGCUCUCCACUUAUGUCACCUCCGCUCCCCUUUUCUCCUCUCCCGUCCACCCCUCAUCACCCUCUCUCUCACCCCUCGUCCUCUUUCCCCAUUUCAUCUCCAUUCCCCAUCCGAUCAUGUCCAGCCGUACAUACCCCUCAUUAUACAACCCCUCAUCCCCUCCCCUUCCCACUCGCCUCACAGCCCCCCCUUCCCCGCCGCUCCCCCCUUCCUCUUUCCCCUCCCCUCCUUUUCCCAACUUACCUCUCCUCUCCCUCACACUUUCCUGUUCCCCUGUCAUCUCUCUCCCAAUUCAAAAAUCUCUCGAUUUCCCUCCGCCUUUCAUUGCCUCUAUCUUCCCUCCACCUCCCUUAACUAUCGUCCACACCCAGGCUCCUGCUGCCCUACCUGUCAUCUCCAGCCCGCUUCACUCCUCGUUUUCCCAUCCCUCAUCCCCCUCCCUCAUUGCCUUCCCUCAACCCCCCUCAUCUACCUUUGCCCGGGUUCAUCCUACCCUACCUACGCUUGCUCAAAGGGCCAACCGCAUUGCAGCACUCAAGCACUCUCUCCUUCACACCAUGGCCCAGCUCAAGUCCCACUCUCCCUCUCCUAACCCCUGCCCUCGUUCUGUGCCUAUCCUUCCCAUGCUCCGUCUUGUUCCCAGCUCGCAGCUUGCUCAAAGGGCCAACCGCAUAGCAUCACUCAAGCACUCUCUCCUUCACACCAUGGCCCAGCUCAAGUCCCACUCUCCCUCUCCUAGGCCCGCCUUCUCCCUCCCUUCCCUCCACUUCCCCUCGCCCUCCCAACAACCCUCCACUCGCCUAUCCCCGUCUCCGUGGCUCUCUCCCUCAGCUCGCCCUCUUGUCUCCACUUGCACUCUCCGUCUCCCAAGCAUUCCCCCGUGCUUCCCUCACGUCCCGCCUCUCGUUCCCUCGCUUGGAGAGCCAUCAACUAGGUGGUGCUUCCCCUUCAUAAGGUGGGCGCACAGCGCAGUGUUUGUUUAUAGCUACACCAUUCCAACAUGA